ACUUUUAUAACAAAUAUUUAUUAGAACCAUCAAACUUCUUAUACAUACGUUACGUAAUUACAGAGAAAAGAUCUUUCUUGGUGGCUUUGAAAAUCUUAGAAUUUUUAGAGCCAUUUCAGGAGAGGAAAAAAAAAAGAAGAGAUUUUCUUCUAAGUUUUUUCUGCAUCUCUAAAAUUUUUAAGAAUGGCUUCUUCAAACUUCAUGAAGAAAUGGGUGAGACCCGAGGUGUACCCACUUUUGGUACCAAUGGUUACUGUUGUUGGACUACUAUCCAUGCAGUUGAUCAGAAACAUCACCACCAAUCCAGAAGUCAGAGUUACCAAAGAGAAUAGCGCUGCAGGAAUUCUUGAAAAUUUCGAAGAGGGAGAGAAAUAUGCCGAACAUAGAUUCAGAAAAUUCGUCCAAGGUCGUCGUCCUGAGAUCAUGCCUUCUGUCAACAACUUCUUCACAGAUCCUAAAUUCUAAAAAUGAUGUAUGUUCUUGAAAUUUCAUUUUCCAUACUUUAAAACUGUCACGAAUACAAUGUAGUAGGGAAAAAGUACUCGAACAAGGUUAUCUGGAGAAAUAGCUGAAUAUUAUUGCAUAACUAUUGGUGUAUGACUCAAUCUCAUUCAUUAAUAAAAGUAGUCUUUUUGGACU